UCAUCCUCAUCGCAGAGCCCCCGUCCCGCUAUGGUUCAGCAUGCGGCUCCUUCUCCCGCUGCGGCCCCUCAUCUUCCUCACGACUUCCCAGACAUUCCCGAGCCUCAUGUCGCUCCAGGAGUGAUGACUGUUGCACAGCUGGUGCAACAGCCAGGUCGUGACCAUCUCCCUUAUCUCACUCUGUAUCCUAGGGAACCCGGUCAGACUUGGUUCGACCGAUCCCAUAACGGGAUCAGCGCUUGGAUCAACAGGAUGAUGUAUUCCGACCUCAAGAAGGGAUACGCAACCUUCACAGUGAUGCCGAGGGAUGAGCAGGAGCUCUGGUUUCGUCAGUUUGCUCAAGAGUUCAACUGGCAUCCGGAUAACACGACGUUCAUCCGCAACGCCUUCAUCCACAAAUGUAUGGAUUCAUAUUCCGGGCAAAUAUAUGAAUGGAAGCAGAAGUGGCUAGCGGAUAAGGUAUUUUCUUUUUUUUAACUUUAUUAAUAUAUUUUUUUAA